AUGGAUAGUACGACUCAUAAGAAAAAAAGAAAAAGAGAAAAUGAUGAAAUUUCAUCUUCGAAGCAAAACAAGCACACACAUGGUGAUAAACCAUCUAUAAAGACACCCCGACCAAAUGAACCACUUCGACCAACUAAUGAACCUUUACCCGAAGAGCACAUUCAAUUGUUGGACUCCGUCAAAGGUCAUAUCAAAGAGCUUACACAAGUGAAUGAUUCUUAUCAAGACCUGGAUGAACCAAUGGGAAAGGAUGUCUUGAAAUCGGAGGAUAGAAAAAAGAAAAGCAAACAGACUGAAUCGCCCACUGAGGAAAAAUCUAUAGAGGAAGUGAAGGAAUGUGCUAUAGAGUACCUUCGAUUGUGGGACGAAAACAAAAAGAAAUGGUCCUUUAGAAAGAAACCUCAGUAUUGGCUUCUGCAGAACAUGUACCAAAAGAGCAUGGUCUCCAAGGCUCACUUUAAGGUGCUGCUUCGUUACCUGGAAGGGCUUCAGGGCCACCAAAGACAGCUGGUCACAGAGAGAGCACGACUCAUCCUAGACCAGUACAGUGAAGAGAUGCCAGAAGGUUCACCCACAAAGAGAGAAUACAAGAGAGCCGUUGGGAUUCUGAGGGUGUUAGCUUAAUUACGUACUGUAUGUGAACUGCUGUAAUAAUAUCUCUGCAUGUGGCUGUGAACUAAAUGUUGCUAUUUAUUUUUUCAUCA